AUGAGAUCCGCUCGAGACGCAAGAGCCUCCUGGGAAUUGCUGGAACAGGCAAAGAGCCUCGCCGACCUGCGUUCCGCCGUUGGCCUUGGCUCCGCGCCGUCAGCCCUCGUGAACGGUCAGCGUUCCGCGUGCUGGAAGGCAUUCCUCUUGUUCGAGAACGUCGACCUCCAAGAAUGGCCCUCGACCCUUGCCGAGUCGCGCUCCGUCUACGACUCGCUCCGCGCCCACUUCCUGCGUGCCAUCGAGAACCCCGAUGAGCUCGAAUCCGCCCUCGACCCGCUCAGCGAAAGCGAUGAAUCCCCUUGGGUUGCUCUGCGCAAAGAUGAAGCCCUGCGCGCCGAAAUCUUCCAGGAUGUCGACCGCUGCAUGCCCGACAACACCUACUUCCGCCAGCCCGACACCCAGAAGAUGCUGCUCGACAUCUUGUUCAUAUUCUGCAAGCUGAAUCCCGACGUGGGCUAUAGACAGGGCAUGCACGAGGUGCUUGCCCCCAUACUGUGGGUCGUCGAGAGGGAUGCCGUGGAUCCGAAGGAGGCCGGUGUGGAUAACCGCACCCAGCACAAGGAUUUGUUGCUCGACAUGUGCAACUCGCACUUCAUCGAGCACGACACUUUCACCCUGUUCGGCCUGGUCAUGCAGAAUGCAAAGGCUUAUUACGAGCCUUCCAAGACGAAGCAGUCUGAUGACUCUCCUAUGCUCGUCAAGUGCCGCCAUAUAUUUGACAAGCUUCUUCCGAAAGCCGAUCCCGAGCUGGCAGAUCAUCUCAAGGAAAUAGAGGUUGCACCUCAGAUGUUCCUAAUGCGCUGGAUGCGGUUACUUUUCGGUCGCGAGUUCCCCUUCGAUGAUGUCCUCCCAAUGUGGGAUCUCAUCUUUGCUGCCGACCCCUCCUUGGAGAUCGUGGACUAUGUGUGUGUAGCCAUGCUUCUUCGUGUCCUGCUCGAGGCUGAUGCGAAUGCUGCCAUCACGCUUUUGCUACGGUACCCGGCACCGAAAAAGGAUGAUCCUCCGCGGACCUUUGUUCAAGAUGCGGUUCAGUUGAGCGAAAAGCUUACCUGGGGGACCGCAAGCCAAAUCAUCCGGACCUACUCAGGUCGUGCGCCUACUCGACCCAUGCCACGACCAGAGACACCCCAGGAACAGACCUCUCCUCAGAGAUCACUUUCUCCCUUAAAAUUCCACACCCUUCCUAGAGCAUCGCCGUCAGGAAGCAUCGAGACUAUAAUCCAAGAUGCGGCCCGAGGCAUUCAUAAGACUGGUGAAAAAUGGGGCGUUAACAAGACUAUAAGAGAUGCAAUGGGCGACUUCCGCAAGAAUGUUCAGGGAAUACAGUCAGGCCGCAACGCCCCUAAUUUCAGGUCACUCAUCACCGGAGAAGCCAACAAGGGACCGGAGCCUGCAGAAUUGCUGAGCAAGAUUGAGGCUCUGGAAGAGCGCAAUAAGGCGUUAGCAAAGAUGCUAGAGGAGUCGGUCUCUGAGUUAUGGGAGUGUCAGAAAGAUGCUCUGGAUGGAAAAGGUUCGGAGAAGCAGAGUAUAGAGUCCCUGAGCCUCGCCAUCGCAAAGGUACAGGUUAUGCAAGUGUACCUCGAAGACUCCAGCAUCCCACUGCCGGCGGAUGACCCUGCCCCUUUCAUCGAAGAAGAAUCGGCCGCAAAAUCGACGUUGACUGAAGUAAGCGAGGAGCCGUCAGUCCCGUCGAGCGAGGCCGGGGACUCCAGUGUAACGACGGAGCGGUCCGCGCCGCACUCAGCCAAAGCAGCCUCGGCUCCAACGAGCCGCAAGCCCACACCGUCUACUGUGCCACAAUCAGCCACCACCGGCGGCUCCUCCGAAGGCAACACAAGCCGCUCCGCUUCAGCUUCGUCGGCCCAGACUCUUGGCCGCAACUUCUCACCCGGGUCUCGCCCGCGCCACAGCCUCACGUCGUCGUCCUUCUCGUGGAUGUUGGGCCAGGAGCCCGACACCACCCCGGCCUCGAGCUUCGCCGCAGCCUCGUCGCUUAGCACGUUCCAGCCCCUCGAGAAGCGCGAGCGCCGCCGCAACAAGCCUUCGAGCGGCGCGGGCAGCAAGCGCGGAGACGCUAGUGGUGGUGGCGGUGGCUCCGAGGGCGGUAGCGGUAACAAGAAUAAAGCCUUCUUGUUCGGCGAUACGGAUGACGAGUUCAUGGCCGGCCCGUUGGGGCCGGGGUCCACGGCCAGCGGGCGCAUGGUGAAGAAGGGGAAGGAAGUGUUGCCGAUACGGGAGGUGUUCGAUUUGGAUGAGGUUGGCAAUAAUGGGAGUGGGGCGAGCAGCAACAACAGUGUCAAGGUUGGUGGGGAGGAGAGCGGAUGA